AUGAAAAAAUUUAAUAAUGAAAGCAAUGGAACAAUAAUCAAUCCAUUCCAAGAUUUAUGUAUAUUAAAUAAUAUUUUACAACAAUCAUUUUAUAAUUUUAAUAAUAAUUAUUAUGAAAAUAUUAAUUUUAAUCAAAAUAAUUUGAAUUCAAUUAUAAAAAUUUAUAUUGGAUAUGGAAAUUAUAAUCUGACUUGCCAAUCAAUCUCAAUUUCAAACUUUAAUAAUAUUUCAAUAUCUCCGUAUAAUUUUAAUCAAAAUCAAACAAUAAUUGAAAAUUUAUUUUUAAAUCUUGAAAAUACAAAUUUAAUAAUUAAUGGUCCAUAA